GGACGAGGGAGGUAGAAGAAGAAGACAAACCCGAGUGGUUGGAGUUUGAUCUCGCCAAAAAAGUUGCUCGAAAUCUAGAUAACGCCUUAUCUUCUCUGGCACCGACGCUUCCCGCGCCAAUGGCUCUGAACAACCUCCUGAACCUUCCUCCCUCCAAGGGCGCGCUCAAACCCUCGCUCCCGCCACUCCCGACGCGCCCGUCGCUCCCCGCGCCACCGCGACGACCCCGUCUCCGUCCCUCCCUCACCUUCCUCCGCAGCGAGCCGCGGCGUGUCGUCCACUCGUCCGCGUCGUCGUCCCCGCCGUCGGACGCCGCGCCCUCGCCGCCGUCGUCGAGGGAAGAGGCCGUCGCGCAGGCGCGGUCCUGCCUCGCCACGGCGCUGCAGAGGCCGCUCAACAACUCGGUCCCGCUCAAGAAGCUCAAGAGGCAGCGCCAGCCUCGGCUCCGCGCCGAGAUCCCCGUCGUCGACGACUCGCCGGGCUCCCUCGCUCGCCUCGCGCUCGACGUGUUCUCCGGCGGCGCGGGCGUGUCGAAGAAGGGCUCCCCGGCGAGGCUGCUGCUCGUCUGGCCCUCGGCCGACGCGCUGGCGGUGGCAAUGCGGGAGUUCGAGAGUUCGGGGGACUCGGCGACUGCGCACGCGCAGCUGGGCUCGGAGGCGCCGGACGUGCUGAGCGCCUGCGACGCCGCCGUGUUCCUGGCGCCGGGGCCGGCGCAGGUGGAGCAGGUGAAGGCUGCCGCCGCCGCGGUGGACCCCAAGCCGGUGGUCCUGUUCAACCCCGCGUGGAGCUUCGAUGAUGAGGAGGGGGAGGCGUUCGGCGCCGGCGCGAGGGGCUUCGUGGGUUCCUUUAGCGUGGUGUACUCCUUCACGGGGCUGGAGGUGCGGGGCCUGCUGAGCAAGAAGAGGGGCGUGCUGCUCCGGUGCGUCGACGGCGGGAGGUUUGGCGGCGAGAGCUGGGUGCUCAUGGUGGAGAAUGACGGCGGCGCGCCCGAGGGGCAGGAGUUCAAGGUCGUGUCUCGGCUGAAGAAGCGGCCGACGAUCGGCGAGGUGGAGACGAUGCUGUACAACCUCAUGGCCGCCAACUCGCCCGUGACCAAGUCGGCCCGGUUCCUCAGGGAGAUGGUGUCCAAUGUGACCGGAGGGAAGGCGAAGCAAUAAUUCGUCCUGCUGCCUGCAUGAAUUUGAUUUUAGGAUAGGUUGGUUUAGAUGAUUUUUCACGGUGUCCUCUGAAUUUCUUGUGCCAUGCACGCAGGCACUGUUUUGGUUGGUAAUUCAGACGAUGACAUUGCAAGGUCGGCAAGCAACUCAUUGGAUUCGAACCAUCCCCUGCAAGAUUAUUCUGUUCGGAUGAACCAUGCAAUUAAGGUUCAUCCUUGUACUAUUACCAGCACUAGUUUAACAGCUCUUGCAGCUUUUUUUGUAGAUGUUGUAAUGUCAAGACAAAAAAAAAUUUGAGAGGCGACAGUUAUUUAAAUUGAGAUUAAAAUC